UUCCCUCUCAUAAAAUGGCUCGUUUAUCAUUCUUAGACGUUUCUCUCUCCUUCUUCUUAGUUUUCAACAUCAUGAUCUCCAUGCUUCCUCUCCCAUCACACGCCAUCUCCUCAUGCAACGGCCCGUGCCGUGACCUAAACGACUGCGAUGGCCAGCUCAUCUGCAUCAACGGCAAGUGCGACGACGACCCCGAUAUCGGAAUCCGAAUUUGCCCAUCCCCCGCUCCUGGCGGCGGCUGUAAGCAGUAUGGUACUCUCACUUGCGACGGCAGGACCUACCCUACCUACAAGUGCUCUCCCCAAAUCACAUCCUCCACGCCCGCCAAACUAACCAACAACGACUUCAGCGAGGGCGGGGACGGUGGCGGCCCGUCUUAUUGCGACGGAAAGUACCAUUCAAACAGCGAGCGGGUGGUGGCACUGUCGACCGGGUGGUUUGCCAACAGGUCGAGGUGCGGAAAGAUGAUAAGGAUCAGGGCAAGUAAUGGGAGAAGCGUGUUGGCUAAGGUGGUGGACGAGUGUGACUCCAUGCGAGGGUGUGACGAAGAGCAUGCGUUUCAGCCACCAUGUAAGAAUAAUAUCGUUGAUGGCUCCGAUGCUGUGUGGAGUGCCCUGGGCCUGGACAAGGAUUGGGGUAUUGUUGACGUUACUUGGUCCAUGGCCUAGCUACCUACAUAUGUAAUUUGGUCUUAGGCUUCUAAGCUAUAUCGGAAUAAAAACUAGAGAUCAAAACGGCCAUGUCCCUUCGUUUUCUAGUAUUAUAUAAAAUAAGUAACAAUCAAUGUACAUGAUCCCUGCGUGGACGUUUUAGGUUGUUACGAUACGAAUUACAAAAUAAAUGAGUAGACUUGCAAUAUGCAAACCACAUUUGCCCAAAAAGAUAAAAAUACAUAAGUUGUCGUGAUUUCAUAUAAGUAUAUUAUUUGUGUCAUUUUAAAUAAUUGGAUGUUAUUAUAGUGUUUUUGUUU